CCAAGGCCAUAAGGGGUAUUUUGCUCGUUUAAAAAGAAAAGAAGACAUGCCCGUCUUGACAUUAACCUAACUUACUAACUUCUUUCAGCAGACUUUUGACAUUUUUCUUUUCAAAAUUGUAAAAAAUAAUAAGUAAAUACGAAAAAUUAGUACACUUUAAAAUGGGUAAUACCGUAUCAGCAGCAGAGAUAGCUGCCGCUCAGAUAAUUCAUCCAAAUGAACCUAUCGAGAAACAUUCUUUUGUGCAAUAUAGUGCUGAACAACAUAACACUGCAGACAUCCCAGAAGAAUGCCCCAUGCAUAAAAAACACCAACCUGCUGCUUCAGAAUGUCCAGUGCAGCAUGACAACAACAAUGAUAUAAAUCCUUUAAAUAUGAUGACUCCAGCAAAUCAGAAUCCGUCACCGGGCCAGCCUUUUUCACUAUCAAAGGAAAGACAACUAUCUACUAUACCUAAGGCUAUUGUUAAAGAAGGUGAAAGUCCAUACUGGAUGUAUCCAAGUGCACAGAUGUUUUGGAAUGCCAUGUUGAGGAAGGGUUGGAGAUGGAAAGAUGAAGAUGUGUCAGAAAAAGAUAUGAAUGAUAUAAUAAAAAUUCACAAUGCUAAUAACGAACAAGCCUGGCAAGAAGUAUUAAAAUGGGAAGCUUUACAUGCUAAUGAAUGUACGGACCCUAGGUUAAAGAGCUUUGGUGGAAAAGCUUCUGAUUACAGUCCAAGGGCUAGAAUAAGACAGCUUUUGGGAUAUGAGUUACCUUUUGACAGACAUGACUGGAUAGUAGAUAGAUGUGGCAAAGAAGUCAGAUAUGUAAUUGAUUAUUACGAUGGUGGCAAGGUUGAUAGCAAAUUUAAUUUUGCUCUAUUGGAUGUUAGACCUGCAAUGGACAGCUUCGAAAAUGUUUGGGAUAGAAUGAAAGUGGCUUGGUGGAGAUGGUUUUACCUCGAAAAUAAGAAGCUCCGACGUUUUUGGGUAUAUGAAAUGAUCCACAUUAUAGAUUAUUGUAUUUAUUAUGUUAAUAAAUGUCUGUUUGUUAGUGAUAUAAAUUUGAAAAGAAGUUUAUUUUUAUAGUUAACUAUUUUCUAUGGAGGGUAGAGAUAAG